AUGGCUCGAACCAAACAGUCUGCACGAAAAAAUGCCUCUCUCUGUACACCACCCUCUUCAUCGUCCUCAUACCAAUCCAGAGAGCGUUCUCCCUCUCCACCACCUCGCCCUUCACCACCACACUCAUCUUCCGCCUCUCCAUCUCCUCAAAACAGUCAAGAAGUUCUAAACCUCAUGCCUCUAAUCACUCCUCCACGCCGCUCCAUGCGCGUCCAGUCUGGUAUUGGUACAUCGAAGUCCAUGAACCCUAAACCUUUUUACUUCAUCAUUUCAGACUCUGAGAGUGAUGACUCUUCUGAAUCGUGUCCCCCAGUAGAAAAAUCACCAACACAAACUGAACCACAAAGACACACGAUGCCUACAGUACCAACACCUUCACCACAAAAUCCACCAACGACUACUAACCCUUCGACACCCUCAAAAUCGGCUUUCUCUUUUGAACCUUCACACGCAACUCCUCCCCAUCAAAAACGGAGAUCGUUAAAUGACAUCGUUUCCCCUUCCACAAACCAAAAAGAACCACUCUCUCAACCAAAACAACCAACUAAACACAUGAGAACCAAAAACACAAUCACUAUUGCUCAAUUUCUUGCUCGAAAAAAUCUCCCAAAUCCUCAGAGAAAGAAAACGCUUGCCCCAAAACAAAACCUAAGAACGAGUCAAAAACCCACCUCUCCAGAAUAUUCUCCCGAAUGUUCCCCACCACAAGAACGUUCUCCGACUGCUCCUCCACCAGAAUCUUCUCCACAUCCACAAUCCUCUCCACAAAAGCAUACCAAACAGUCUUCAUCUCCUCAGCCUUCCCCUAUCUCCACGUCCUCUGAUUCUGAACCAUCUCCCCCAACUAAGAAACCAAAACAGAAUGCUCCUCCUCUAAUCUCCCUUGCCAAAUCAAAACUCUUCAAUGAAAAAUGGGCUCAACGCCCAGUUGGGAUAGGCGGGGUUUUUGUGUUUGAUAAUCUUGUUGUAGAUGGAAAUGCUGUUCAGCACCAUACUGAUGUUCUUGGCUGGACUUCAUUCUUAAAGAUCUCUGAAUCUUAUUUCCCAGAUGUUGUCCAUGCAUUCUACUGCAAUGCCAAAACUUUUCCUGACAAAUCUCUUUUUAUCUCAACAAUUAAGGGAGUGGAAAUCAGAUUGACUCCAGACAUUUUGGCCAACAUCCUUCAGCUACCAACAGAAGGGCCAUCUGUCUUUGGUGACAACUGUACUUUCUUGUCUAAUCCUCUUCUCUCUACCAUGUCUUCACUGUUUAUUUCACCACAGAAAACCAGUUCAUCCAUUUUCGGCAUAAGUCAGUUUUUGAACUUUCCCGCUAUUGCUGGCCCCUCUACCUCAUCUUUUGGCCCCCUACCAUCUGUUUCAUCUUCCUUUACCUCUAUUCCAUCCUUAUCUACCAUGCCUAUUCCUUCCAACACAGUUGUUGCUACUUCUUCUCAACCCUCGGCUCACCUUCCCCCCACUUCCACCUUAGCUGCACCCUCCAACUCUGAUAUCAUGGUCGCUCUCCAGAUCAUCAUGGCAAGACAAAUUCAGCAUGAGCAAGAGACUGCUUUACUCAGAACUUGGAUGGCUGAUCAUCUUGCUCCCAAGAUGGGAAUUCCACCUCCGCCUCCUCAUCCGGUGCCACCUCCUUCUCAGAUCCCUCAUCCUGGAAAAUCCUCCUCCUCAGAAGGAUCUUCUCCCUCCAUAGCCUCUUAG